AUGGGAAACACAGAAAGUAACGUUACAAGUGGAGUUAAGAAGCAGGCUGGUACGUCAACACAGAAGUUGUACAAACUUAUUGAUCUUAAGGGUGGCGGGCUCCUGGUAGAUAUGAUGAAACGGGCUGUACAGAACAAGCAGUAUGCUGAAAUAGACCACGCUAUCAAGACUAAGGUGGAGCCUUUUCUCUACAACAAGGGGAAGGGCCGCUUCAUACCUAUAUCUCAUCUCGUGCUGCUGAGGAACAAAGAGAGACCGCGACAUAAACUGCUGCCACCGUUGAGAGGAAUGGAAAAUCCUGACGAAGAGUUUGACGUGGAGAAAGAUUGGCCAGCUGUUACCCAGGAGGAGUACGAUGCCAACCCUUCAGCCUACAGGGAACUUUGUUGGGACCUAAAGGAGAGAGGUGCGGUGGGGGAGACAAUAAUGCACCUCUGUUUGUUGAACGCUACGUCACUGCUUGCAGAUUUAGCUAAAAGACUUCUGAGAUUUUAUCCGAAGCUAAUUAAUGAUAUCUAUAUGAGUGAUGAAUACUACGGUGAGAGCGUUCUUCAUAUGACAAUAGUGAACGAAGACCCAACGAUGGUGAAAUUUCUCCUGGAUGCUGGUGCAAAUUAUCACGAGAGGUGCUUUGGCAACUUCAUGUGUCCUGAAGAUCAGAAGGCGUCAAGAAGCGACUCGUUAGACCACGAGUGGGUCAACGUCCAACCAGAUACCAACUAUAAUGGGUAUGUGUAUUGGGGAGAAUAUCCCUUGAGUUUUGCGGCUUGUCUUGGGCAAGAGGAAUGCUAUAGACUGAUUCUGGCAAGAGGAGCUGACCCUGACAAACAAGACACGAAUGGCAACACUGUUCUUCAUAUGCUGAUCAUAUACGACAAAAUGAAUACAUUUGAUAUGGCGUACGAAGUUGGGGCGUCCCUGAAUCUACGUAACGUCCAAAACCUAACGCCAUUAACUUUAGCUGCAAAAUUGGCAAGGACUGAGCUGUUCUUCCAUAUCCUUAACAUCGAGAGGGAGAUAUACUGGCAGAUAGGAGCGACGACCUGCGCAGCCUACCCACUGGGACAAGUGGACACUAUUGACACUGAAACUGGCUUGAUAAGUAAAGACUCGGCGUUGAAUUUAGUCGUGUUUGGGGAAAAAGAUGAACAUCUUGAAUUACUGGAGGGAAUGCUGAUCGAUCUUCUAAAGACAAAAUGGAAUACGUUCGUGAAGUUUCGUUUCUACCGUCAAUUUAUACUGUUCUCGUGUUACUUCCUCGUGUCUCUGGUUUGUUUUACUCUACGACCGGGUCCUCCUGAUAGAGCUGUUAACGCCACCGUUGUAAAUACAACUGUGGUAUCUGUAAUCAACGAUACAGCUUUGGUAGAUGUUGUUAAUGUUUCAGAUAACUGCACAGUACUUCACAACAUGACUGGUGCAGCAGGAAACUCUGUCGAAAUUUUUAAUGGUUCAAAACCAGAACGUUGUGGAAGAUUCAAGAGCCAUCCCAAAGAUAAAGAAAAACCAACAGACGCUCCUAAGGAAUCCGAUAUGGAAGGUUGGUGGGAGGACUUAACUGAAGAUUGUCGCUUGAUGAACUUUGAUACCACCCAAGCAAAAGUGCGAAUAUCGUCGGAAUUGUUACUCUGGUUUGGAGCACUAAUUUACAUCGGAGCUGCUUUACGUGAAGCCAAGUUCCUUGGUCUCAAAAUGUUUAUCGAAAACCUCAGCACAGUGCCAUCGAGGGUGAUGUUCUUAUUCUCGUGCCUGCUCAUGGUUGCGCUCCCAACACUACGACUGUGGUGUGCUGAAGAAGAAGAGGACCAUCUAGCCGUCAUCAUCAUGCUAACGACUGCACCAUAUUUUUUAUUCUUUUGUCGAGGAUUCAAGACAGUCGGGCCUUUCGUUGUCAUGAUAUACAGAAUGGUGAUGGGAGACUUGCUACGGUUUGUGUGUAUCUAUCUAGUGUUUGUGAUGGGCUUCUCUCAGGCUUACUACAUAAUAUUUCUUUCAUUCGACAACCCUAACACACCGGAAGGGGUCGAUGACUCUAUCUCGAACCCAAUGCCCUCACCAAUGGAAAGUAUAAUGGCCAUGUUCCUCAUGUCUCUCACUUCUUUCUCCGACUACUUCAGCGCGUUUGAUAGAACAGACCACGAGACUGAAGCUAAGUUAUUAUUUGUUAUAUACAUGAUAAUCGUCGCCAUUUUGCUGGUGAACAUGCUCAUCGCUAUGAUGGGGAACACGUAUCAGAAGAUCGCGGAGACGCGGAACGAAUGGCAGCGCCAGUGGGCCAGGAUCGUGCUGGUGGUGGAACGAGGAGUGCCCCCUGGCCAGAGGCUGCAGCAGCUGAUGACGUACAGCCAGCCCAUGGCUAGCGGCAGGCGGGCUCUUGUGCUCAGAAUUAAUCAGAAGGAUGAAGACAAGGAGGAAAUGAAGGAAAUAUUGGAAAUGAAACGUACUCAUGAACGUAUCGUCACAAAACGGAAGCAAAGGAAUGCUGAAUUGAACAAUCAAAUAGCUCCUUCUCAACCGAGUAGAAACUACCCUUUAAGAAAAUAAUUAUUUGAAUCAUCACUGUACUUGAGACAACUCUUCUAGGGAAAAAAUAAAUUUACUGAUACAAGCGUAAUUAAAUAGAUAUCAGAAAUGAGGAGAUCCGUAGGAGAACCAAAGUAACCGACAUAGGCUAGAUGGUUGCAAAACUGAAAUGGCAGUGGGCAGGGCACAUAGCUCGAAGUAUACAUGGCCGUACGGGCAGAAAAGAUGGAUAACGAGAUUAUCGUCAAGAUCGUCGGAAUAGGUUGGACGAGAGUAACGCAAGACCGAUCGUCCUUUGUCCAGCUGUGGACAUCUCCUUCUGCUGAUCAGUAAGUGUUGCUAAACCUCAUGGUAAUACCUUUCCCCCCAACAUCAGGUAAAUGAGAGAGCUAGACCACAGUCUAAAAGUAAUUUAUGCAAGGGACAUAAAUUAAAUUUACAAUUUUACUUUAGUACCUACCUAUUACAUAUUGAAUUUUUUCAUAGAAAGUUUUGUUAAACU